CAUCCUUCUCCAACCGUCGCGAUGUUGUCUCACUCUGUCCGAGCUUCUCGCUCGCUCCUCACCCGGGUUAACCGUCAGUCCGUCGGUGUUUCGUAUCGCACUUUUAUGACCACUGCCACUCGUCGGGCCGACCCCGUCCAGGACCUCUACCUCCGCGAACUCCGCGCCUACAAGCCUAAGCCCACCAAGGCCGGUGACGCUGAAGCUCACGUCCAGAAAUUCACUGCUCCCAAGCCCCCACCAUCCCCCGAAGAGUCCAGCCUUGCCAGUGAUUUGCAGGCAUACGAGACCCAGACCGUCGAAGUUGAAGGUCAGGCUGUUGCAGGUGAAGAGGCUCCUAAGGAAGAGAGCUGGUUUGAGGAGGAUGAGGAGGAGUCCCACCCUGCUGCUCACUAGAUUGGUUCUUGGGCCGAUCGAUAUAUAAGUUCCGAGAUUCAGUGUGUACGAAUGGGCGUGUGAAGUGGAGGAAUCUUGAAUCUUGCAGAGUUUUAUAAUAUGGAAACUGCUGCAAGAGGGGAGUGACAUAUUACGGGUAUAUUGGAGAUACUCAAAACUACUUGUCUGCACUCUGCACUCUGCAUGAAGCAAGUGGCUUGCAAAGUGAUGGCAGGGCUAUUUUUCUGUUUCCUUUUGUGGUACUUGACAGACACUUGAAGCAAUGUAAAUUAAGCAAUAUGACCGCUUCGAACCUUAUUUCUUUUCCCGCUACCAUCCAUGACAAAACGUUCAUUGAGAGGUGAACAUUGAGACGUUUAGUACUUGACUGCACUCAAAUUACCAGAGUCUCAUACUGGGUGUU